AUUACGACUUUCCUCCUUCCCCGGCGGGUAGGCUGCAGCUGGCAGGCGAGCGGCUGAGCGCUGUUAGCGGUUUCCCUGCCGCUUCGGCCUGCUGCUCCCGGGCGCAGCAGCCAUGAGGCGUCCCCGCGUGCCCGACUCGUCGCAAUAAAGUUCGCCCAGGAUGGAGCUGCCCGGCUCCUCGCUGCAGAAGGCUUGCCGCCUGCUAGUGGUCUUCUGUGCCCUCCACCUCUCGGCUGUGCUCUUCUACUACCUGAGGGGCAACACGCUCAGUCACCAGCGGAGCCCGGAGCCGCCGCCUCGCAGCCAAACCUUCGGCCGUCGGGUGACGGAGGCGGACCUCUCGGGGAAUAUCUCCAAGCCCGCCGCGGACUGCCCCGACCCUUCUCCUUUGCUGAUUGGUCCAUUGCGUGUGGAGUUUUCACAGCCUGUGAAUCUGAAGAAUGUGGAGGAGGAAAAUCCAGAACUCAGGGAAGGAGGCCACUAUACACCAAAGGACUGCAAAGCACUUCAGAGAGUGGCAAUUAUUAUCCCUUUCAGAAAUCGAGAUGAACACUUGAAAUACUGGUUGUUUUACCUGCAUCCAAUCCUGCAAAGGCAGCAGCUUGAUUAUGGCAUCUAUGUGAUUAACCAGGAUGGAGAAGAGACAUUUAAUCGUGCAAAGCUUCUGAAUGUAGGCUUCACAGAAGCUUUGAAAGAAUAUGAUUAUGACUGCUUUGUAUUUAGUGAUGUUGACCUAAUCCCAAUGGAUGACAGGAAUAUCUACAAGUGUUACGACCAACCCAGGCACCUCUCUGUAUCUAUGGAUAAAUUUGGAUUUCGCUUACCUUACAAUCAAUAUUUUGGAGGUGUGUCUGCAUUAAGUAAGAAGCAAUUCCAAAAAAUCAAUGGGUUUCCCAAUAAUUAUUGGGGCUGGGGUGGUGAAGAUGAUGACAUCUAUAACAGAUUGGUUUUUAAAGGCAUGGGAAUUUCCCGCCCAGAUGCUGCAAUUGGAAAAUGUCGAAUGAUUCGCCACAUGAGAGACACUAAAAAUGAUCCCAAUCCACAGAGGUUUAACAAAAUUGCUCAUACAAAAGAAACAAUGAAAUAUGAUGGGCUAAACUCUCUGACUUAUACCGUAAUAAAAACUGAUAAAUUUCAAUUAUAUACAAAAAUCACAGUGGAUAUUGGAUCACCAAAAAGCUAGUGUGGCAGAAAUGCAAUAGAAGACUUGGAAUACCCAACCAGUGACAAUUCAACUUUUCAGCAUUUUAUAAAUGAUUUUAUGCAAUCAACUUGAAAGAAGGACACCUGUUUUGUCAUCCUGAGAACUUGCAAUUGGCAGGAGAAAUGAGAAUUUUAAUCCCAAAUUUUGCUGUAUACAUCUUUUUUUUUCAUUUUUUAAAAACUUUAUAAACAAUAAAUAGAAGCUGUAAAUAUAUGUAUUUUCAGGGAAUGGUGGAGACUUAGGUGCUCAAUCCCCUUGGAAGUUCUCCCAUGCAAGCAUCACAAAAAAGAAUGGAAGUUGUAUUGAAGCUUUUUUUUCCCUUUCCCAAAACUCUCUUUUAUGUCAGGAAGCUAAAACCUAAGAAGGAUUCCUAGUGGAUAGAGGCCUAUAUAUUUGACAGCCGUUCUCUCCACUUUAAAAUAAUGAGGGUCACAAUUUGGGAAUGUUACUGUUUGCAAAUUGUGAGGUAUUCUGCAGUGGUAAGUCAUUUCCCUUUCUUCCUGCUUCUUUCCCAAUUUAAUUUAAAAAUUAGAUCACUGUAUGAAAAUUCACUGCUGUGGGUACAGGUGGAAGGAUUGGAAAAUGCUGCUAAAGUGGUUUGAGUUUACAUACUUUGAUUUAUCUUCCCAAAUCUUGUCAGGAUUGUUUCUUCUUGUCUGUAACCUUCUGUGGAGGGGAAAAAGAAUUACAAACCUCAAAACAAACACCUUUGCAUUCUGUUCUGCUGGCAUGGAGAUUUAAAUAAUGCAAGCCUCUUUGCCCAAAAGUGUAUCUGCAAGCCAAAAUCUUGAAACCACGGUGCUUGCUUUAAUCUAACAGGACAAUCAGACAAGUUCUUAUACUGGGCUCACUGCACCAUGGGGCAAAAGUAUGAAUGAAACGCUUUGAUCCUAUCUGUUUUCAUGCAAAAAAUAAUUGUGUUAGGUUGCUAAUUGAAACUUCCUAAUUUUUGGUGGAUGUAGUUGGGUAGUUGUGGAGAGGUCGGGUUAAAAUAUGCACUAUAACCCAGGUCAUGCAGCGUUCCUUCCCUAAUGUAUAGAAAGAAGAAAGCUUGCAUCCAAGUCUGGCACUCAGGGCUAACCCAUUGUGGUGUGAGCUGUGAAUAUCAGCAUCAAAAGCACAAGGGAUGCUGAUAGGUGGAAGGCACAGUUCAUGGGUUGGCCCACUGAGACAGAACAUUGAUAGAUCAGCAAUACAUAAAACUUAGCUUGCUUAGGCGCUGUAGCUAUUUGAAAAUGAGCCACGUCUAGAAGUAUUUCAAAAGGACAAAGCCUGUGUGUAAUGCUCAAACAGAUGGCCCGCGUAACAUCUGUUUCGGAAUGAAGCUGAACAUUGUAUUUAUUCAUGUGAGAAACAUCUCUGUUUCUGUGGAACACUGAUGGGAUCUCUCCCAAGCUCAUUCUGCAGGGUCGUCCUUGUCUUAAGAACAAGAACAGGGGAAAGCGAACAGUUGGCAAGAGUGAGACAGCAUUACUCUCCAACUGACCAGAACUUGUCUACUCUGAGUAAGUCUGCUGGGAUUUCCUCAUCCAACGGGAAGUUAUGCUUCCAGAUUUUCUCUAAAUACAGCUGGUGGAAGGAGCCAUUCAAUUUUCUAGAUAAACAAAGCAAGGUUUUUGCUUAGUUAAAACUUAUAAAUGGGGCUUAGCCUUCCAACAAAGUUGAGAGGAAGAAUAUCCUAAGCCUAUUGGGAUCAUUAAUUGCCCAAGGUGGUAUGUUUGUGUGUGAUAUUGGGAUGCAAAGCCUUCUUUACUUUCUUUUUGCCCUACCUGGCAAAACUGUAGCAUAGAGGUAUCCCAGUAACCAGUAGCAUAAUCUCUAAGAUGAGAGAAUAGUUCAAAUGGAAUUCCUCAGUGAAGACCACUCUUGAUACCGCAAAACAAACAUAAUCCACCUAAGGACUGAUAUAUUGCCAGAUUGCCUUACAUGUGAAUGGAAAGUUUUGUUUUAUUUUCUACAGCUCUAAUGCAGUCUUUUUCUUACUGGAGAGUGGCAAAUGCUUUGCAAUUCUGGGUUUAUAAAGUGCCUUUUGGUUUUUAAAAUGUUUUGUCAGGAAUGUUUACUAUUGUAAAGGCCUAAAUAUUAUAAAUGUCAAUCAAAGGAAUUUUUUUCUCAGUUCUCAGUAUAAAACUUGAAGACUGCUGCUGGAUUUUACUGCUAAAAAUAUUAGAGGGGAAUAGGGCAAUGGCAACUGCAACAUAAAACGGCAUGUUAGAACCAUUAAGUGGCAGGCAACAUCAUGUUUUAAGUAGAUUGGAUUUAUAAAAUCUGCCUUCAUGAGAAUGUUCAGUUUGCCUUGCAAAUAGGUUCAUCUCUAUGUCUGAAGAACCAUAAAUUAUGGCUUGUUGGGAUGUUUGCAUUUCUCCCACUCCAUUAUGAACUGUUGACAAAGUCAGUGAAGCAUGGCUUGAGGAUCAAAGUAGAAUUUGCACCCCACUUUUGAAAAUGCAUGCUUGUAUGAAAGUGUUUCCAGUGAUUUCCUUCUGUAAAAGGAGUAACCUCCCAAUAGCUUCAGCAUUUUUAUUAUCAAGCAGAUCCCAACCAGUCAUUAAGGAGCUGCUCAGAAUUCACAUAUUUUCAGGGAGGGAGAUAACUUUGAAGUUUAGCUUUCUCCUAUACUGUAUGCACCCUUCCAUUUUUUUUAUAGAGGCAAAAUAAUCUAUUUUAAGAAAGUAUCUUGGAGGAUUACAGCAUUCACAUCCCUCAACAGUCAAGUAAAGGAAAGCCUAGUCUCUACUCUACUAUCAAUAGCUUUUCAACUUUUCAACUCCACUUGCCCAACUGCAUUACCAAAGGAAACCAUUCCCAGUUCAUUUCGGUCAAUCUUUCAUAAACUGGUCUGCUUCAAAUGUGCGGGACAUUGUAAUCCAGGACAACUCAAAGACACCAAAUUGGCUAAGGUGGCUUUUGCUGCUGAUAACAGAGAGAACAUGCACAUAGAACUCCAGUUUACUCACGACUGAGGCAAUCCAUGCAAUAGAGCAGAGACAAUCUCCCCAUUAUCUUACUUGGAAGCUAUGUUUCCGGGCUUCUCAAGCUUCUCAAACCCACUGGCAACCAGUUGUGUAGCAGAUGAGAGAUCUUGUGUAUCGCUAUUAGUAUAUGACAUUCUUGAAUUUUAGACUAUGGAGAAAGUUGGAUGAGAGAAGCAGUUGGCUUCUUCAUGCCAACCGUUUCCCCUUUUGUUCCUUUUAUCAUGUGGAGAGAAGCAAAUGGCCAAAACAAAAACCCCAUCCUUAUUGGAUUGAGGGAUCCCUCUGCCCUCUUUAAAAAAUCUCUAAUAGAAAUAUUGAGCUCUUCCCAAAGUGAGAUGAAUUGAGGCAGGAAGGAAGGCUGUUCAAACAGAUGUUGGGUUUUCCAGCCUGAAUAAUCUUCCCCAAUCUGGUGAACUCCAAAAACAUCAGGAUACAACUCCCAUUGUCCUUGUCCAACAUCCUUAGUUUGCUGCCAUGAAAUCUGGGCUUAAUCAUAACAUGAUAGAUAAAGAGAAUGGCAGGCAAUGAUUCUUUCUUACUUUUAUUUCACUACUCUUGCUUGGUUUCUGGGGUGUAUGUGAAUAAAAUUGUUAUCUUUCACUGCCAACUUUAAUUUUUUAGAAUGUCCAGAUCCAAAUGCUUAAUUUACCCUUACUGUAUUGGGUAUGGGACCUGUAUCUGGUUCUAGCAUGUGCCAUCCUUUUGAAGCAAGAAAAAACUUUCAAAUCUUAGGCAAGCUGACAACAAAGAAGCAAUUCCAAUAUGACUUAUUCAAAGCCAGUGCUUUUCAGCCUCAGCAAUUUUAAGAUGUAUGGACUUCAACUUCUAAAAUUCUCCAGCCCGAACUUCUGGGAGUUGAAGUCCAUGCAUCUUUAAGUUGUUGACAUUGAGAAACAUUCGUCUAGGUAACCAAGCUCUUCAAUUCUUUCAGAUUCCCUCUUCUUGUAGCAUAUGGGGGAAAAAAUAAGAUGAUAUCCGUUGUUUCUCUGAACCUGAUAUAUUUCUAAAAAUUUUCUUGGUUUCUCCAGCUAUAGAAGUAGGAGGCAUAAUAUUUAAAUGCAUACAUUACAAUAGCUUUAUCUGUAGACAUGUAUUUGGGGCUCAAAUCCAUUUGAGUCUGUUGCCCGCAAAACUGAAUAUGUGACAUGUAAGUUAAAUGUGAAUUUUAAGGCUAGGGUUUUCUCCUACAUUCUUUACUACACAACAGCUCCUAGAAAAAAGCUUUUGUAAACAUUUUAGAAUUAGAUUAACCAUUCUUAGUCAAAAUACAAGCAUGAAAAGUUACAGAUCAAAAUGGAGGCUGAAACCCUGUAAUAUUCUGAGAACAUCUAACUGAAUACAGAUGGUAUUUACAGUUGUCAAGGUUAAUAUGUUACAUUAGACUUUGGUCAAACAAAUUUGAGAUGCAGUAAAGUCCACUCCAGUCACUCAGUUCUUUACGAUGGCUGCAUUUUCAUGGCAACCAUAUGGAAGUCAUUUGCUACUGCUUUCUUCCUGGGAUUUUAUUUCAACUUUUGAAUUUAAAGUGCAGGUCCGUAAGGAUUUCCCUGUGGUGCCACAUCCAAGUGCUAAUGAAGCACUGCAGAUUUUUGCUUAUGUUUUCUGAGAUCAGUCAACUUUUGCUCACAUUCUGCUCUCUACUGUGAAAAAAUGCAGUAUAAAACCUCCCAGAGCCCAUUUACUGAAAUAAUAUAUUAGGCUGAGUUUACAAAGCACAAGUUGUGAUCCCACUUUUCAUUUACCAUUUCUCCCUAUUUUCACUGGACACGUGGAUGCCUUUUAAAAAUCAGGCUCAACUUCCAAUGUGGAUUCAGCAAAUAGGUUUUCUAGCCUAUAAAUACACAUUCCAGCAAGCAACUAUUAUGUUAUCCAUCAUUCAGCACAGCUUAACCAUGUGCUUACCUGUAUGUAAGUGUGUAUGACUUGGAUGUGCACAUGAAAAUCAGGGAAAAUUGCCAUAGAACCUUAUUCAAUAACCUGGUUAUAAUUUUCAUCUCUUCAAGGUGUUUGAGAGAAGUGCCUUAAAAUAUUUUGCAGAGUGCAUAGGGGGUGAAGGGAUAAACCGUGUUUGCUCAGUUACUUUAGCAUUGCUGUGGAUCAUUUUUGCCUUUCCAGAAAACAGUAUGAAAGACAUAAUUAAUAAAGGUUGCUGUAUAGUAACGACAAUG